AUGGGCGGACAAUUCUCCAAGGUCAUGGGCCGGCUGUUUGGGGCCAAGGAGAUGCGGCUGCUGAUGCUGGGGCUCGACGCCGCGGGCAAGACGACCAUUUUGUACAAGCUCAAGCUGGGGCAGGACGUGACCACCAUUCCCACCGUCGGCUUCAACGUCGAGUCGGUCACGUACAAGAACGUCAAGUUUAACGUGUGGGAUGUGGGUGGCCAGGAUAAGAUUCGUCCCUUGUGGAGGCACUACUACUCUGGAACCCAGGGCUUAAUCUUUGUCAUCGACUCGUCGGACCGCGGCCGCAUGGAGGAGGCUAAGCAGGAGCUGCACCGCAUUAUCAACGACCGCGAAAUGAAGGACAGUUUGUUGCUGGUCUUUGCCAACAAGCAGGAUCUCGAUGACGCAAUGGACCCGAAACAAAUCACAGAAGCCCUCGAGCUCUCCAAGAUCAAAGACAAGGCCUGGUACGUCGUGCCCAGCUGCGCCACCACCGGCGAAGGCCUCCUCGAAGGCCUAGGCUGGCUGUCCACCAACGUCAAGUCCCCUCCCGCCCCGGCAAAGAAGUAA